CUCACCCGCCCUUUUUCGUCGUGUUUUCAGCCACGAUGCCUCAGGGCUUCUCUACGGAAACUUACGACUGGGCGGCGUAGCGCUUCCUACAAAAUUCCAAGCGGGUCCGGCGAUCGGCGCGUGCGGGCAUUGAUGAAGGAAGAGCCACCUAGGCCACUCUGCCUCCAAAGAGACCACACCUUGUCCAGUCAUCAUGCCCUUUCUCUUUCGACCCAAGUAUCUACCCCAAAAGGACAUUCCGAACCUUAAAGGCAAAGUGUUCUUCAUUACAGGCGGAACUAGCGGACUGGGCCGGCAGGCCAUUCUCACUUUGAGCGCGUAUGGCAAUCCAUCCCACAUUUACUUCACUGGCCGCAACGUAGAGAAUGCGAAGGACCUCAUCGAGGAAGUGGGAAGCGACAAAGCCACGUUCCUUGAAUGCGAUCACACAAGCUUGGAAUCCGUGCGAGCUGUCGCCCACCAGCUCUUAUCACACACGGAUCGCCUCGACGUCCUCGUAAGCAAUGCUGGAGUCAUGGCAAUUCCUCCACGCCUCACCAAAGAUGAGUACGAAAUUCAAUUUGGCAUCAAUCACCUCAGUCAUGCGCUCUUCAUCAAGCUUUUGCUGCCGCUGCUAGAGCGAACUGCGAAAGAGCAGGGCGAAGCAAGGAUGGUUUCGGUUGCCUCGCUAGCAGCAGCCCAUACUGCUCCGGGCGGGAUUGCAUUCGAUGGACUUCGCACGACUCAGGAUGACCUCGGUAUGACGGCGAAGUGGAUACGGUACGGUCAAAGCAAGCUUGCCAAUAUUCUGUAUACUUGGGAGUUGGCGAAACGGUAUCCAUGGCUUACAACAGCUUCCCUGGAGCCCGGUACGGUAUGGACUGGUCUUCUCAGCAACUUAGGAUUCCUGGAUCGUAUGUUCUUGAGGCUUUUGACUUGGUGGAAGUCUUAUUCGUUGGAGGAGGGAGCAUACAAUGCAUGCUGGGCUGCUACGGCUGAGAAGAGCAAGAUUGAGUCGGGAAGAUUCUACACCCCGGUUGGCGUACGCGCCGCAGCCAUGGCCUAUACUGAGGAUGAGGCGCUGGCCAAGAAGCUAUGGGAUUGGACUCAGGAGCAGCUGAAGGAUUACGAUUAAGCUCUAUUCAGGGCGUUCGAGGGCAUUCCAGUAUGUGGGAGCAGAAGGGAUCCUGUUUGGGAUUCGCGUCCGAAGGUCAGAUCUUGUGUGUUCU